AUGGAUCCUCAAGCUCCAGCGCUUGCCAACAGCACCAAGCCGCAAUUGCCCCGGCUUCUAGAGACCCUCGCCGAGAACAAGGGCUUGCUCUUGCUGCAAAGUCGCAUGGUUCUGACCGCCAUCGCCAUCAUAUACGUCGGCGCUCACGCGACCAUUCGCCGUCCUCCAUCCGCCGCGCCCCGGACUUCUAACAAGUUUGCCAAGGACAAGGAUGGCAAAAAUAAAAAGAAGAAAAAGGAGGAAGCCCAGUUCGUUGAAGGUUUUCAGGCUUCUGAUGCCAUCCUGUUCCCCAUAUUGGCUGGUUUAACCCUCGUCGGUCUGUACUAUCUCAUUCAAUGGAUGGACGAUCCCGAGUUCAUCAGUAAGAUCAUCAGCGGUUAUUUCUCGAUCGCUUCACUAUUCAGUCUCGGAAAGCUGCUCGGCGAUGUUAUGCACUUCACCAUGAGCUUCGUCUUUCCAAACGUCUGGAAGGACGGCGAGGGCAAAUUGUGGCGCUUCGAUCCGGUUCGCCGACGCCAGCUGGUAAGAACCAAGGAAAUAGCCGAGGAACAACGUGACGCUUCCGCCGAGGGCAACUCGGUCACUUCAGCCGACCACACCUCCGUGGACCAGCGCGGCUUUUAUCGCGACGAGUCUGGCAGCUGGCAUCCCGACGAGAAGCAUCUCAUGCCUUUCCCCGGGCCCCUCUCGACCCUGAGCUGUGCGGAUUCGACCCGAAACAAGCUCUGGGCAGUGCGGCUUCUCGCCAAGGAGCACUGGACAGUUAAGCUCGGCUUGCAUGGAUUCGGCAAGACCGAGUUUCAACUCACCCUUUGCGACGUUCUGGGUCUUGUGGCUGCGGCGGCCGUUGCUGCCGCUUAUCAAUACACUGGCGCCACAGUGCUUUCAAACAUCAUGGGUCUCGGCAUGUGCUAUGGAGCCUUUCAGCUUAUGUCGCCCACUUCGUUUGCCAUCGGGACCAUGGUACUUGCUGGUCUAUUUGUGUAUGAUAUAGUCAUGGUCUUUUACACACCAUACAUGAUCACUGUGGCCACCAAGGUCGACGCCCCUAUCAAGCUGACCUUCGGCGAGCCCAAGAAGGGAAGUAUGCUCGGUUUAGGCGAUAUAGUGCUUCCGGGAAUCUUCAUGUGUCUAUGUCUCCGCUUCGACCUCUGGCGUCACUACCAGAGCAAGAUUACAGAGACCAAGCAAAAUCUCUCGUCGGAGCUUGCGGGUCAGCAAAUUGCCCGAAGCCCUCAGCGUAACGAGGAUGGCGCCGAGAACAAGACUAUUACACAGGACGAACCUAAAAUGGUCGUCGGUGAGAUCGGAACCAUCCAGACGAAGGCCGAGUACAUCGAUCCCCAAGGACGCUGGGGCGACCUGCUCUGGACGACUGGACUCAAGAAAGCAAAUUCGACCGUCGGCCUCGCCUCCACGCAGUUCGCCAAGACGUACUUCAUGGCCGCGGUCUGGGGCUACGCAUUUGGCAUGGUGCUGACCAUCAGCAUGCUACUGACGUUCAACCACGGGCAGCCCGCCCUGCUGUACCUGGUGCCGUGCGUCACGGGCGCCGCGUGGUUGACGGGAUUCGUCAGGGGAGAGGUGGCCGAUAUGUGGCGAUACACGGAAGACGGAUCACUGGACGUCAAGGAUGUUGUCGUCACGGUUGAUGCAGAUGGUAAAGUUGUUGAAGAGGACCAGACAAAGGGAGAAGCUACAAACAAGGCCGCCUCGGGUGAGGCUGGCGAGAAGCUGGCGGAUCAAAAAUCGGUCAAUGCGGACCAUGAAAGCGUAGUCAAGUCUAGUUCGCAGGAUGAAGCCGAGGCUCGACGCCGCGAGGGGCACGAUGUCUUCAUGUUCAUCCUGAGGGCGCCGGGCAUUGAGGAGAUGGACGAAUUCGAUGUUUGA